GUGAGUGUUUGUGUGUGUGUGUUGCUGAUUCCCAGGGUGGGUGCAAUGCAGAGGUUGCAAGGAGCAGCGCAAGGGAGAAUGAAAGUGGAGGAGCAGAAGCAGGAACCGGAUGGAGCUGAAAAGGGAGAAAAAUCAGAGGUGGGACAAAGGGACCUUCCUGGUGUCCGGAUUGGGACCAAUACUGAGCUUCAGACAGGGACAACUACACGACCGAUCAAGCCGGAACCGGAGGAGGGGCUGCAGCAGUGCUGGGAAGCCCAGUGGCAGGAGUUCCGGAGGACCAUGCAGGCCCCUUGCUUAGGAUGGAGGCCCCCACAGAUGCCUCUUCCCCCGUCAGGGGAGAGCCUAAAGGAACUUCAGAUGGCCUUCAAGGGGGCAGCUGAGCCCACCCUGGGGCCUAGAAGAGAACAUGUGAUCCAGGCCUUGCCAGGCCUCACUAGAGAAGCCCACGAGGCCUACGAACGCCACUUGGAUUUCUCCGUGCAAGUGAAAGAAGAGAUUCUGGAUGAUGAGGGCCUUGUCAGCCCAGAAUCACAGCGCCAGCGCUUCAGGCAGUUCUGCUACUGGGAGGCCGAAGGGCCCGGAGCCGUAUGCAGGCAGCUCCAGGAGCUUUGCCGUCGGUGGCUGGAGCCGGACAGGCGCACCAAGGAGCAGAUCCUGGAGCUGGUGGUGCUGGAGCAGUUCCUCGACAUCCUUCCUGAGGACGUGCAGAGUUGUGUCAGGGAAGGCAGCCCACAGACCUGCGGACAGGCCGUGGCCCUGGCAGAGGAGUUCCUGCUGAGGCGACAAGGGGCUGAGAGAAGAAGAAGAAGAAAGCAGGUGCCUGAGGCUAUGGAAGGAGUGGUUGUUAAUUCCCAUGGGAGAGAAUUAAUCAAUCUGUCCGGCACGUUGAAGAUGCAGCCCACCCUGGAGAACAAGCAGGAGAGUGAUGGGGCAGCAGGUUUGUUCAUGGAUGAUGGACAAGAUGGUGAGGGCGGGCAGAAGAACAUUCUGUGGCAGUGCCUUGAACAAGCAGAAUUCAACGGGACAUCCUUGGGAAAAGCCGACGGGACUGAAUUCCUGCUUCCGGAAGAAAGCCAACAGGAAUCAUUAAAGCACAUAUUAAGGGAUUCAGGAAUUAAAGUGAGGGAAGUCUCUUCCCUUGGAGAAAACAGAGACGAUAUUCGUGAGAGCACUUUCCGAGAAGCAACCCACCAACAAAAGAGACAGGCGGCAGGCGUUGACUGUGUGGUAAACCUCAGCCAAACCUCUGUCGCUCUUAAGAAUCCCACGCUGGACGCUUUCGACAAGCCGUAUAAAUGCUCAGACUGUGGGAGGGGCUUCCAUCAGAAGCCGUACCUUAGAGUCCAUGAAAGAACCCACACGGGGGAGAAGCCGUACAAGUGCUUAGACUGUGGGAAAUGCUUCAAUCGACGGACGGGGCUUUGCAGCCAUCAGAGAGUCCACACGGGAGAAAAACCAUACCGAUGUUCCUACUGUGGGAAAUGCUUCACAGGGACUGGGAGCCUGAAGGAACACGAAAGGACUCACACCGGAGAGAAACCCCAUAAAUGCUUAUACUGCGGGAAAUCCUUCAAUCGGCGGGGCGUCCUUUGUAAACAUAAGAGACUCCACACGGGGGAAAAGCCGUACAGAUGCUCAUAUUGUGGGAAAAACUUCAGCCAGCGGUCGCACCUGAUUUCGCACGAGAGGACCCACACAGGAGAGAAACCCUACAAGUGCACGGACUGUGGGAAAUCUUUCUGUCAGAGCAACGACCUCUCCCGACAUCAGAGAAUCCACAAAAGCGAGAAACCUUAUAAAUGUGCUGAGUGUGGGGAAUGCUUCUAUCAGAGAGCGUUCCUCGUCCACCACGAGAGGACUCACACGGGAGAGAAACCGUACGAAUGCCCAGACUGUGGGAAGAGCUUCUACCAACAAGUGCACCUUAAUGCACACAAGAAAAUCCACGCAGAGGAAAGACCGUACCACUGCUUCCAGUGUGGGAAAUCUUUCCGCCAGAGCUCUGAGCUUUGUAGACAUCAGAGCCUCCACAAUGGCGAAAAACAACAUCAGUGCCCAGAGUGUGGGGAAAGCUUCUAUCACAGAGUGUACCUAAUGAGGCAUGUGAGAACCCACAUGUGA